UUGUUGAAAAGGAGCCGGGAGGCGGAAGCGAAAUUUCUCCCGCUGAGUCCGGCCGCCAAAAUGGCGUCGCCCGCGUCGGCCGGGAAGCGGACGGUGAAGCAGGACGAGCUGCGGCGGCUCAUGAAGUCCGAAAAGCAGCGGCUGAGCGCCAGCCGGAAGCGCGUGGAGUCCCCCUUCGCCAAGUACAACCGCUUGGGGCAGCUGAGCUGCGCGCUGUGCGGCGUCCCCGUGAAGAGCGAGCUGCUGUGGCCCACCCACGUCCUGGGCAAGCAGCACAAGGAGAAGGUGGCGCUGCUCAAGGCGCCCAAAGAGCCCGGGCCUGGCCCCGCGCAGCAGCCGCAGCCGCAGCCGCCGGCCAAGAGAACCGCCCCCGAGCCCGACGGUCCGGCCGACGCGAAGAGAGCGCUAGCCGGCGGCGCCUCCGGGCUGCCUGGGGACUUCUUUGACUCGGGCGCGAAGGAGGCGCCCCGAAAAGCGUCGGGGCUCAGUUUGCUUCCAGACUACGGAGACGACGACGACGACGAUGAGGAGGAGGUGGAGGACCGAGCGAGCGCGGCCGGACAGGCCCAAGCACCCGCGCAGCCCCCCUCCUCCCAGGAGCCCCCGCCCAGCGCGCUGCCCCCCGACUUCUUUGAGCAGGACGCCCCAACCGCGCCGGUCGUCUUCCAUUCGGGCUCCAUCCAGAAGGCCGAGGUGCAAGAGAAGGUGGUGGAGAGGCGCGAGAACACGGCCGAGGCCCUGCCCGAGGGUUUCUUCGACGACCCCGAGAUCGACGCCAAGGUGCGCAAAGUGGACGCGCCCAAGGACCAGAUGGACAAGGAGUGGGACGAAUUCCAGAAGGCCAUGAGGCAGGUAAACACGAUCUCCGAGGCCAUCGUGGCCGAGGAGGACGAGGAGGGGCGGCUGGACCGGCAGAUCGGCGAGAUCGACGAGCAGAUCGAGUGCUACCGGCGGGUGGAGGUCCUGCGGGACCGCCAGGACGUCCUGAAGAGUAAACUGAAGGAAGUGCUGACCUGGAGGGAGCUGCAGAAGAAGGAGGACGAGAACCUGGACAGCGACGAUGAGGGAGAGCUGCAAGAUCUGCUCUCCCAAGACUGGAGGGUGAAGGGAGCGCUGUUGUAGACGGCAGGAGGUGUUGAGAAAGACGCAAAUGCCAUUCCUUUUAGUGGUGACUUGAGGAUGAAAUGAGAAACUGCGAAAGAACUCUGGGGGAAAAUGGUACAAAUAUAUAUAUUUAUUUUUUUGCGUUCACAUAUUUUGAGAACUUCCCGAAUACCAGAAUGCAGGAUGUUUUCCUCUCUCAAUAUUCUAGGUCUAAAAUGCAAGAUCAUUUUAUAUGAGCAUUGUAAACUGUAAAUGUUGUACAAAGUUAAAUAUAUUUGCUAUUGAUGUUUCUAGUUUAAUAUUCCCAAUCUCCAGUUCCUGUGGCAGAAUUAUCAAUCGAGGGGUAAAUGUAAGUACUUGGACAAACCUUAUUAAUAGAUUGUUUGAGGGUUGUACCUUUCCCCAUUUGUGAGGGUUUCAAAGACAAUGACAAGAAUAUAAGCAAUGUCAUAUUUAUAAGUCAGAUACAUUAGCCGUGUAGUUCAGUAUUCAUAUGACAAUGAUACCGGAGGACACUGGAGGAACUGGUUAAGGAUGUGUACCCAGUCAUUCUCAGCUUCCUUUAAUAACCGAUUAAGAAACUAUCCAAUCAAUAAUUUGUCUAAACACUUUUUGAACCUAUUAUAUUUAUAGCCUCUAGGACUUUUGGAGGUAAUAGGUUCCAUAAAUUUACUAUCUACUCUGUAAGGUAUUAACUAUAUUCUGUUUUUUUCCCAA